AUGCCAUGGCCAUCGGAAAAAAACAUUGGCUCGAUGGAACUGGCCGGUGAGAGCAUAGACACUUCCGACGUUAACGAAAAUGGCGACAGCGAAGCAGGCUUGAAGAGUCAUGAACCGGAGCCCUCCGACCUUUCAGAGUCGCAAAGCCACGAGCCGGCGAAACGAUCGUUCAGAUGCCGGAAGUUUUCAUGCUGCUGCAAUCCUUUUCGAUCGCUCGGAGGUCGCGUGCAGUUCCGAAAGUCAGCGCAUCCGAUCAACUUUUUGUUGUUCUUUUCAAUAACGCCGAACAGCGUGGCCGUGGUGAUGCCACUGCAAGGCAAAGUCGCAGAUGUGAUCGGUUUUCAAUUGAAGCCGUACUUGCAGGAUCGUUGCGCCGGCGGGAAAUCGGCACUGCACCGUUUUGGUGAGGUGGCCACAAUCUUGUUCAGCCUCCUCCUUUUGCUUCCCGUGCUCAGCUUCUUGGUUUGUGUGCUUAUCCCGUUGGAAUUGCCCCGAAAUGGGUUUUGGUGCAAUUGGACCUUCAAUAUCUUGGUUCAUCCUGUUCUCAACUAUGUUAUUGCUAGAGGCCAGAUUGAGGUAAUGGCUCGUGCAUUCGGCCAUGAUGACCGCAUCGGUAUUCGCUGGAUUGUUCGCUUAACACCACUGGCCAAUGUAAGUGUUUGCAUCUUGGCCCGCCUGAUCGCAUCCUUCGCCGACGUGUAUCCGAUUCCUGUCUCGCCGGUCACCGUCUGCUUUCCUGGUUGCUGGAUCUCCAUGGCGCCGUACUGGCGACUACUGCCGCGGGAGAUUCUCACACCGCAGGUCCGGAGUUUCGUGAAGUUCAACUUUGCCAACUGGGCUUUCUGGCUGUCCCGUGUUGUACAUGAUAAUGGCAUGCCUUCUUCGGUAUGUGCAGGGCAACCGGAUCUACUUCCUACAAUUCCGGCACCAGGGCUUCACAGAGUUUGA